UUGUUAUCAAUUAACGAUAAAGAACUCGUAUGCAUUAUUGCUCGAGUAACCAUCCCAUAUUUUGAGAUGGAGCUUCAGUUGCGAUGGACUGUCCUUUUUGGGGCAAUCAUAUCACUGGUUCUCGGAGAUAUCUAUAGUUUUGGGAUUGGAAACUAUCCUCCAACUGGUUCUCAGCUACAUAUCAUACAUGCCAAAAAGGGCCCCGUUGAGGAACCGGAAUAUAUGGAACUAAAGUUUGAUUACAUUGUAAGUCCAGUGGACAAUGUCGAAAUAACUUAUGUCAACAUCACUGCAUCUCUAUCGAAUGGCGGUGCAUUCGCAAAUCCGACGUAUCCAAACUUACCGGAAGGAUUCAUUGUGAUAGUUACCGCCCGAGAACGAGUGAAGGAGCUGCAAGCAACUGCUACUGUGUAUGGGAUCCGUAAUAGCGAUUAGUGUAAAUCAUAGCAUAAUCACUUUCAUGAAGGAACUUCGAUCCUACUUUUGACAAACGUCUCUUGAUUAUUAAACACAUAAAAUAACUUG